CAAAUAACGAAACUUAGAAUAAAACUUAUUAGAAAUGAGCAAAGAAUUCAAAAAUGUGGGUCCAGCGGUUAAUAGUGAAACUAUUGAAGGCAACGUAACAGCCAGUUCAACUAAUAUUUUUCUAAACUUCCAUUCCUGGCUCGGAUGGUUGUUCCAAUCACCAGAACAGGAAGAAACAAGAGUAGUGCAAGAGCACCAAUUAGAAGCAAGCUCACCUCUCAUAAGCGUCUCAUUCGAGUGGCAAAUUGAAAAUUUCAAAAUAUGUCGGUUAAAGCCCUGCGAAAAAUUGUUGUCGCCCAUGUUUCACGUAAAGCAUCGACGAAGGGAAUCGGAUUGGCAAUUGGUUAUUUAUCCAAAUGGUGAUUCGAAAUUCUUGUCAAUUUUUCUGCUACUGGAACGAUCGAAACAACAAGUCGAAAUGGCGUGCAAAUUUACAAUUUCAUUGAAUGAGGCAAUUGAGGAACGUUUCACUAAAACACUUGCCGAUGGCUCAUCUGAGGGAAAUUCGAAAUUCAUCUUAGCCAGUCAUCCUCAGAUUCAAACCAAAGAUUUAUAUGUGAAAUGUAAAUUGGAUUUACUUGCGUCGGAUUUCAAAUCUGGUACUUCAGUAAAUGAAGAAAAUUUUGAAUCAGAUCAAAUCGCUGGCUGUCACCAUCCUAUCCGGAGAGUGCAACAACACAUUUACAUGGAAUUUCUAUAACUUCCAAAAGGACGUAGAUCCUGCCACAUAUAAGACUCAAUUCGAAACCCUAUUCGAAGGCAUAAAGCUUAAGUGGCAACUCAAACUGGUUUACAUUGGUAAUCGAAAUGACGUCAAUCCAGCGCUUCAACUUUUGUCUUACCACAAAAUUAAUGAGAUUCCUCCGUUCACGGUAACAUUCACCAUGAUUGACAGUGAAAGGACGGUGAUCAGAACCAGGUCAUUAGAACCGCAAGACUUUUCGAUGAACAGCAGAGCCGAACCAACGGGA